AUGGCCAUAAAGUCGGUUGAUAUCGUGCCGUGUCGUGACUUGGCUGCUGUCCUGCUGCUGGCAGGAAUCUGCUUGGCUCCAGUUGAGUAUUUUGCUGCGCGCAUUCCAGGCACGGAAUUGGAUGAACAAACAGCGACUAUAUUGGAGUUUCUAGAGCAAGAGGAGCACACGGUUAUCUCGGCCGUGCAUAAUAAAUCCGAUGGCAAAAUCAAAUUUCAACAUCGCAUACCCAACGACGAAGUCUGUUUACUUUUCUACAAGGUGCCGCAGGUGGGCCAAGGCGCUGCCAGCGCCGGCAGUGGCCAAGUCGAGCCACCGUUGGGCAUAUUAACACUGGAGGGUGGCCUGGUUAAAUCCAUUUACAAUUCCGUUUCACGUGUCUUUUCGCCACAUGCAACGGCACGACGCAACGAGUACAGUCCAGAGCUAAGUGGACUGCUGGAGAAUUUGCACGUUUCGCUAGGCUCCACCUUGGGUUUACCUCAGAGCGGCAUAAGCAGCAUAAAGGACGAAAUCAAAUAUUGGAAACAGAAACUGGGUCAGAAGUCCAGUUCGCGCUUGGAUCGCGAGACGGCGCAGGUGUUCAUAGGAGUGUUGGAAAAUAUCGAAAUGAAAAUUAGCUCCAUUGACACUGGCGGCAAUUCGAGCAGUCGCAUCGAGGAGUUCCUCGACCACGCCCACAAUAGCCUGGACGAGCUGUGGCGCCUGCCCUACAACUACCCGCAGCAGCGCAUGGCCGAUCUGCUGGACAUCAUGGGCAACCGCCUGCUGGAGGCCUGCCUGGUGCAGCUGCAGGCCGAGGAUAUCUGGAGCCUCAACUCGUACCAUGUGAACAAUCUGAUGAGCCAGUGCAUGGACACCGUGGAUGCCUGGAUGCAGCUAUGCGACUCGCUGACCCGACUGUUCUGGCCCAACUACGUGAAGCAUCCGUGGCUGGGGGAGCCACACGUGCCGCGGCGCGGACAACAGUUCAAGGAGCGACUGGCCGAGAUACGCAACAUCAAGCAGCUGUACAAGCAGAUCGCCACGCUGCUCAACGAUGCCGAGCUGCAGGAGAUGUUCCAGGAGCAGGCAGCCUUUGGCGAUCUGAAUAUAUUCGACACCUCGCCCUCGGGCCAGGCCAAGUGGCAGAAGGCGCUGCAGCACUUCGAGCAGGUGCUGCAGCCCAUAGACGAGCGCAUGGCCGCCGCCUUGAAGUCGCAGCUGCAUCAUCAUCUCAGCAAUCCGCGCCAGGUCAUCUUCAUCUUCUCCAAGUACGAGAUGCUGAUACAACGGCCCGCCGUGCUCGAGCUGCUCAGCAUUGAGCGCGAACAGUUCCUGCAGUCGCUCCACCUGCUGCUCCAAGAUCUGCGCAAGGCCAUGACGGAUACCAACAUGGAGCCCGACACGGGUCACCUGUCGGUCAUAUGCAACGAGUGCCGCUGGCUCAAAGUGGUGCAAUAUCAGAUACAGGAGAUCGAGAAAGUCAGCCACUUGAUCAGCGGACGCGAGGGCUUCGACAAGGUCAAUAAGGCCGUGCAGGAGAUCAAGGAGGAAACCGAAUCUCUGCUGCGCACCAAUUUCGAAAUCUGGUCGGGUCAAUGCUCGACGGCGGUCAAAAGUGGCGAGCUGAGACUGCGCGACGAUCAGGCGGUGGUCAAGUUCGAGAAGGAGGGUCGCCAGCUGAUGCGAGUUACAUUCAACCCCAAGCUGGUGACCUUCUGCCAGGAUGUGCGCGAGUUCGAGAAUCUGGGCUACACGGUGCCGCUGGAGCUGCGCUCGGCUGCGACGCACGCCGCCAAGUACAUGUGCUACGCGCGCCGGCUGCAGCAGAUCGCCACGUUCCACAACACCAUUGGCGAUCGCAUGAUACCCUGCCAGAGGCCCAUCAUGCUCAAGAAUGCGCUGGAGCUGCAGCGGCUGGUGCAGAGCGAAACUGUCGCCUGGCAGGACGAGGCGUCGGUGCAGCGGUACGUGAACACCCUGCAGGAGGCGGUGUCCAAGCUGUCGGCCGACAACACGCUGCUGGUGGGCUACCAUGAGCAGGCCAAGCGAACGGUCAUCAAGCUCAUGGGCACAGAUUUGCUGACGCAGAACCAAGUGUGGAAGGACGAGUUGCGGCAUCUGCGGGAGCUGGUGGCCACGCUGGAGCGCCAGGGCUACACGAAUCUGGAUGCCUUCAAGCUCCACUGGGAUCAUCAGCUGUACAAGGUGCUGGAGUAUCAGUACAUACUCGGCCUGCUCGACAUGAACAACAAAUUGCCGGAUAUACACGUCAAGCUGGUGCUGCGACAGCGCGAGCUCUGCUACAGUCCGCCGGAGGAGGAGAUCCGUGAGCUGUUCUUCUCCCAGCUGCGGCGCUUCAUCGAGCGUCCGUGCAAUUUCCGUGGUCUGUCCGAGCACAGCACCGCGUUGUUUCAGUCCAUGGUCACCUCGAACCGGCAUCACUUCGGGCCGCUUUAUGCGCGCGCCGCCGAGCUCUUCGACAAGCUGGAGGACUUCAAGCGCAUCUGGCUGCCCUGGAUAGCGCUGGGCUGCGUGGAUCUGGAGCAGCUGUGCAGCAUUCACCUGAACGAGGCCGCCGACUGGGAUCGCAAUUUCCGCGCGUGCAAGCAGUUCAGCCAGCAGCUGGCUAAGCUGCAGACAGCCGAGGAGUCCAUCGAUUGCAUUGUGAUCAAUGUGCUGCCCCUGCGCACGGACAUUGAGUACCUGAGCAGGCGCUACUGGGAGGCGCUCGCGACGAGCCUGCGUGCGUCUAUACUGAACGACGUGAGCGCCGUGCAGGAGUUUCUACAGAACGCGCUGCAGUUCCUGCAGAACGUGCCCAUGGACGAGGGCAGCAUCAGUGAGUCGGGCAUAAAGUACGAGAAGAUCAUGAGCGAGCUGCCGCAGAUCAGCGGCACGCUGGAGCUGGUCAGGGCCAAGGAUGCCUGCCUGGCGGGCUGGUGCAAGGAGCGGGUCACCGCCUUGGCCGCCAUCAUGCUGCAGUGGGAGCAGCUGCAGCCGUUGCUGGAGAACCAUGCGGUCAUCCUGCAGCGACAGGUGGACAUCAUCAAGACGCAGGCGCACACCCAGCUCCAGAAUCUGCGCAACGAGGCGGAGAAGUUUCUGCUGCGCUGGGAGUCCACCAUAGCCGAGCUGGAGGCGAACGAGUCGGCCAGCCUGGAGCUGUUCAAGGAGCGUCGCGCCCACUGGCAGCAGCUGCUGGCGAAGAAGCAGCAGCUGCUCGACGAGUGCCACAAAUUCAACAUGGAGUUCCCGGAGGAUGCCCUGGCGCCCUUCGCCGCCAUCGAUGCGCAGCUGGAGCGGCAGUCGCUGCAGUGGCAGCUCUACGAUCAGUUCCUGUCCGAACUGCAGCCCAUUUUGCAGGAGGAGUGGGCCAUCUACAGGCGGCGGCCGUACGUGCUCAACGAGUUCAUUGCUCGCUGGGAGGGCUCGGUGCACGCCUCCAUCGACCUGCCCUCGAAGCGCAUUCGCCUGCAGGUGGAGCGACUGCAGGCCACGCUGCCCAUACUCCAGCAGCUGCAGUCGGAUGCGAUUAGCGAGCGCCACUGGGCCAUCAUAUUCCAGCUGCUGCACAGGGCCAGCUCGAAGCCUCCGCAUGCCAUACAGCUGCAGGACCUGCUGGAGGACCUGGAUGCAUUGCUGGCAGCAGCGCCCGAGAUUGCCAGCAUUGUGCGACAGGCAGCCUCGGAGCAGAUCGUCCGGCAGGCACUCGUCGAGCUCGAUCAGUGGUCGGUGACAGCUCAGCUGAAGCUGAUCGAACGCAUGGACGCCAACGGACAGGCGGUGUGCCUGAUCAAGGACUACCAGGAGGUGCUCAACAAGAUUGGCGACAAUCAGUCGCUGCUGCAAUCGGCCAAGAGCUCGGCGGCCUUCGACAGCUUCUCCGAUCAGGCGGGGCUCUGGGAGAGUCGCCUCAACACGCUCGACGUGCUGCUCACCAGCUUGAGUCACUCUCAGAGACGUUGGGUCUACUUGGAGCCUGUCUUUGGAGCUGGCACCUUGCAGCAGGAGCACGCUCUGUUCAAGCGCAUCGACAAGGACUUUCGCUAUGUGAUGCGCGAGAUACAAAUGGAUCCGAGGGUGACGUCCCUGCUCAAGAUCAAUAAUAUAAGCACCAUUGUGAAUGCGCUGGAAACUCAGCUGGCGCGCUGCCAGCAGAAUCUGAUGAGCUAUAUAACGGACAAGCGCAAUUCAUUCCCUCGCUUCUAUUUCCUGGGCGACGAUGAUCUGCUGGAGCUGCUGGGCCAGGCGUCCAAGGAUGCGGAGAUUAUCAAGCGGCACAUACGCAAACUCUUUCCGGGCUGCCACAGCCUGGCCAUCGAGCAGACGCCCAAUGCCAGCCACUACAGAAUUCUGGCCGUGCACAGCGCCGAGGGCGACGAGCUGCGGCUGAGCCAAGCCGUUGACAUGACGGGCGACAUUGAGCGCUGGCUGAACCAGCUGGUGUCCGUCCUGCAGGAGACGCUGCGCGCCCAGAUCUACGAGUGCUACAACAACACCAGCGGCGCCAGCGAUUAUCUCAGCGCCCAGCUGCUGAGCCAGUACGCCAGUCAGGUGCUGGCCACGGCGCGUGCCCUUCACUUCACGCGUCAGACGGAGAAGGCCAUUGGCAGCAUGGCGUUGGCCAAGCUGCAGCAGCAGCUCAGGGCCGAGAUGUCGCACCUGGCGGCCAUGAAACAGCGCUCGGCCGGCGGCAGCCUGCAGUGGCUUAAGCUGAGCGCCCUCCUCCUGGAUCUGGUGCACUAUGUGGGCGUGGUGGAGCAGCUGCAGCAGCAGAAUGUGAUGAGCCCCACCGAUUGGCACUGGCUGAGUCAGCUGCGAUAUUACAUGGGCAGCAGCAGCAGCAGGCAGGGGGCUGGCGACGUUCGGCAGGUGUGGGUGCGCAUGGUUUAUGCUGAAUUUGAAUACGCUUACGAGUUCCUCGGGCAUGCCAAUAAGCUGGUGCACACCCGGCUAACACACAAAUGCUAUCUAACACUCACACAGGCCAUGCACAUGGGCCUCGGCGGUAAUCCGUUCGGGCCGGCGGGCACCGGGAAGACGGAGUGCGUUAAGGCCCUGGGCGGCAUGCUCGGGCGCCUUGUUCUGGUCUUCAAUUGUGAUGAGAACGUCGACACCGAAUCGAUGAGCCUAAUCCUAACUGGCCUGGCUCGCUGCGGCGCCUGGGGCUGCUUCGAUGAGUUCAAUAGACUGCAGGAGGCAACCCUGUCAUCCAUAUCGAUGCUCAUACAGCCCAUACAGAGCGCCCUCAAGGACAAGGCGGACAGCGUGCAAAUUGGCGAGCGCCAGGUGCAGCUCAACCACCACUGCGGUAUUUUCGUGACCUUGAAUCCGGCGGGCGGGGAGUACGGCGGCAGACAAAAGCUGCCCGGUAAUAUUCAGGCGCUAUUUCGGCCGAUUGUUAUGCAACAGCCGGAGCCGGGCGAAAUUGCACGCGUUAUGCUAUUCGUGGAGGGCUUUGCGGCCGCUGCGGAUAUUGCGGCGCGAAUUGUGGAGCUCUUCGAUCUGUGCGGUAAAAUGCUGUCCGCCCAGCGGCACUACGACUGGGGACUGCGCGAACUGAAAACCGUGCUGCUCGUUUGCGGCGAGGGACUGCGCGCGCAAUUAGCGGGAAUGCCAGCAGCGGGCCCACUUAAUGAGCAUUCCAAUGCCAGUCACAGUCCUGCGGCGAUUGGUAAUGAUGAAAUGCGCAUUGUUGUCCAUUGUCUGCGCUCAUCAACCAUGUCCAAGCUGGCGCAACAGGACGUUGAACGCUUCGAAAUGUUGCUGUUGAAUGUGUUUCCCGAAAUUGGCGCCUCGGCGGUGCCGUUGACACCGCUGCAUCAGGCACUGGCCGCCGCCUUCGGCCCACUGGCCCUGCGCGCCAACGACAAGCAAAUCGAGAAGGCAUUGCAACUGCACGAGCAGCUGCAGAAGCGCAUGGGCGUGGUCCUCGUCGGCCCACCUGGCUGCGGAAAAUCGAGCAUUCUAUCACUGCUCCGACAGGCACUGACCGCCACAACGGGCAUCCAGCUGCGCGUCCACACCAUCAGCCCCAAGUCGAUGAGUCGCGUGCAGCUGCUGGGCCGCCUCGACCCAGACACUCGCCAGUGGCUAGACGGCGUGCUCACCCACACAGCGGUGCUGGUCAAUCAGGAGCCCUCGCAUGUCCACUCGUGGAUCGUCUGCGACGGCAGCAUUGACCCCGAGUGGAUAGAGGCUCUGAACUCGGUGCUGGAUGAUAACAAACUCCUAACACUGCCCUCUGGCUGGCGCAUACAGUUCGGCAACAAUGUCAACUUUAUAUUCGAGACGGACGAUGUGCGUCACGCCUCCCCGGCAACCAUAUCACGCAUGGGCAUUGUCAACAUGAGCUACGACUAUUAUCCCCUGACGGAAGUACUCAAGCAUGAGCUGGAGAAGGAGCCAUAUGGCGAUCUACUGCAAAGCUACAUUGAUGAAAAUUUCAGAGUAGCUUACGACUGGCUUCAAAAUGAGCAAUUGUUGGGUCAAGUGCCUGGCAUAAGUCGGUCCAGUUUGCUGCGCUCCCUGCUGCUGCAGCUGCACAAUAGCCAGACGAUCGAGGAGUAUGGCGCAGCCACAUUACGCACAAUGCUCGGCUAUGUUCCCAGCGAGCGGCAGCGAGAGUUCGCACAGCUGGUGCUGCAGCGCGCGAAUCUCUAUGUGGCACAGCCGAGUCAUGCCGAGCUGAGCUACUACGACCCGCAGCGCAAAGCACUGGAGCAGCAUGUGGUGGGCGUCAUAGAGACGCCCGAGCAUGGCAGUGAGCUCAUUGUGACAGCUUAUGUUAAAUCAUAUCUGAGUAUUAUCAAUUCGCUGCUGGAGCUGCCGGCUGGACGUGCGACGCCUUUCAUAUUGGUCGGUCCCAGCGGAGCGGGCAAGACGCUGCUGCUGGAGCAGGCGCUGCUGGAGUGCUCGGGCUACCAGCUGGCCAGCAUCAAUUGCUCCACACAGCUGACCGCUGGCUACGUGCUGCACACGCUGCGCACGCACUGCGUCACGGUGAGCGGCGUGCGUGGGCGGGAAUACAAGCCGAAGCAGUCGAGGCUGGUGCUGUUCAUGAAGAACCUGGACUUGUGCCAGCUGGAUGCCUGGGGCGCCUGCGAGAUAGUCGAGCUGCUGCUGCAACUGGUGCAGCGCGGCGGCUUCUAUGCGGAAAAUCUGGAAUGGAUCAGCGUCAGUGGGCUGCAAAUUUGUGCGUCCAUCAGUGGCAAUUUGUCAAAAAUUUCACCCCGCUACCUGGCCAUCAAUCAGUACGUGCGCGUGGCCCGGCCGAGUGCUGCCGAUAUGCUGGCCAUCGUUCAGUGCCGCCUCCAGCCGUUGCUCCACACGCACUUCAAACCACCGCCCGGCAGUCCCAUCAAUUUGCAGCACGUCAGCGAGUGCCUAAUGGAGUGCUUUGAAAAGCUCCAGGCUGUUUUUACUGCGUCCACUGGUCCACAGCAACAGCAGCAGCAGCAGCAGUUGCAUUAUCAGUUUAGCCCCAAGUGCAUUAUGAAGCUCUUGGCGGCUCUCGUUUACUAUCCGUCCACAGACUUCAAUGAGGCUUUGCAUUGCGAGCUGUUGGGCUUGUUCAGAGAUCGUUUGGCCAGCGAGGAGCAUGUGCAGCAAUUCGAGUCUAUUCUGAAGCAAACUAUGCGCAAAUAUCUAGGCAAGGAGAAAAUCUACUAUGUGCCCAAAUCGGCAAAGUCCAAAGGACAACUGCAAGGACUCGCUCACGAUGAGUGGCUGGAGGAGGUGCAAAGGCAGAUUACAAUAUGCAAUACCGAAAGCUAUAGCAUUUCGGCACCCAUCACGGAGGAGCUGCUGCAGCACACAGCCAAAGUAGCACGAAUCCUCUCCCGCAACGAUGCUCACUUGCUGAUUCUGGCUGAAGCAGGUGAUCGCCACCUGGAUGCCAUCUAUGCGGCUGCCACGCUGCAGCAGGCCAAGGUCUUGACCUUACAGGGAACCGCCAACUAUGCUCUACCGGAUUUCUACAACGAUUUGAAGUUGGCAAUGCAGACGGCAGCGCUGGAGCAGCAGAUGAGCUAUCUGCUCAUCGAGCAUUGCUGGCUGAGCUAUGUGCCGGAUAUACUAAAGCCCAUUGAGGCACUCCUGGAGGGCAGUGAAAUACUGGAGUUGUUUGGCGACGAUCUGGAGACGGUGGCCAGCACGCUGAAGCAGGCGGCACAGUUGGAGGGCUAUCAGGAGUCGCUGGGCGCAUACUUUAUGAAGCGUGCACGAGAGCAUCUGCACUUGGUGCUGGUGCUCGAGCCGAGCAGUCCACAGCUGGCGGAGUACUUCAGCAGCUGCCCAGCCUUGCUUCGUCAAAUGGAUAUGCUCUACGUGCGUGCGGAGUCGCGUGAUACGCUGGCGAUGCUGCCCAAGCAGUACAUUGAGUUGCUCAACGAGGCGACGACUGCGGCCGCGGGGCGUGGCAAGGUGCCCGUCUGCAGUCACUUCGGCGAUGUGGCCGAAGAGCUGCCGCCAGAGCAGCCGGCGCAUCGCUACUAUCAGCUUAUCAGCAGCUACUUCCAUAUGUACAGCAAUGCAGCAGCUGAGAUUGAUCGGCGCAUGCGCAAGCUGCAGCUGGGCGUGGAUAAGCUGGCUGCGGCGCAUGCUCUGGUCGGCACACUGAAGGCCAAUGCGACGGAGCAGGAGCAGGCGCUGGGCGAGAAGCGAAAGCUGGCCAACGAUGCACUGCAAAUGAUCUCGGCGACGAUGCACAAUGCGAAUGAGCAGAAGUCGAAUAUGCUGGAGCUGAAGCAGAAGACGCAGCAGAGCAGCGAGCAGCUGAAGCUGCGACAGCGCGAGAUUCAGCAGGAGCUGGCAGAGGUGGAGCCGAUCUUGGCGGAGGCCAGCAAUGCGGUGGGUCAAAUCAAAUCCGAGGCGUUGUCCGAAAUACGCUCGCUCCGCGCUCCACCCGAGGCCGUGCGGGACAUACUGGAAGGUGUGCUGCGGCUAAUGGGCAUACGCGACACCUCGUGGAACAGCAUGAAAACGUUUCUGGCCAAGCGCGGCGUCAAGGAGGACAUACGCUCCCUGGACCCGGCACAUAUCAGCCCCGAGAACUGCCAGGCCGUGGAGCGCCUGCUGCAGGCAAAAGGUGACUCCUACGAGUCGAAGAAUGCGAAGCGUGCCUCUGCAGCUGCCGCACCACUCGCUGCCUGGGUGCAGGCCAGCGUGCGCUACUCACGCGUCAUUCAGAGCAUUAAGCCACUGGAGCGCGAGCAAAAUGAGCUGCAGCGCAAUCUGAAUGCCGCCGAGGAUGAGAUGCAGCAGCUGGCCAGCGGCCUGGACGAUGUGGACAAGCGCGUGCAGAAGCUGUCUGCGAAGUUGCAAACCUACACGCAGGAGGCGGCCGUGCUGGAGCUGAAGCUGCAAGAGGCGGGCGCCACGCUGCAGGCAGCGGAGCUGUUGGUGGCCAAGCUGAGCGCCGAGUAUGCCACCUGGAGCGAGCAGCUGGCCGAACUGAAGCGCGCUCACAAGACACUCGACAGCAAGACGUUGCUGCUGGCAUUGGCCAUCAAUUACUACGCCGGCUGGGGAGUCGAGCAACGCGGCACCCUAAUCAAACGUCUCAGCAAGGAAUUCCAGCUCUCCGGCUCUGAUGGCUUUGAGCUACGCCGAACUCUCGUCACAGAGCAGCAGCAAAUCAUUUGGGAAAGUCAAGGCUUGGCGCGCGACGCGCAGAUCAUUGAGAGCGCUGCACUGCUGCGUGAGAUGCUGGCGUUGCCCUUUGGCAGUUGUCCAGUGCCGCUGCUGCUGGACCCCACCCAGACGGCGGGGCAAUGGCUCAGCGCGCAUCUGCGUGCAACUGGCCGAGCGAGCGAGCUGACAAGCCAAGGCCACGAGCGACUCUGCUACCAACUGGAGCUGGCCGUGCGCUUUGGCAAAACGCUGCUGGUGCUGGACUGCGAGCAGCUGCAUCCGCCGCUGCUGGAGCUGCUGCAGCUGCACAUCUAUGUGCGCUUCAACAAGCGCCAGUUGGCAGUGGGCAAUAAGUUGGUGGAUCUCCAUGAGGACUUCCAAUUGGUGCUGAUCAGCAAGUCUCAUCGCCUGCAGCAGUUGCCGCCGGAGCAGCGGGGUCAAGUGAAUCUGCUGCGCUUCACGGUGACAGCCACUGGGCUGGCCGAUCAGCUAAUGUCCAAGGCGAUUGUGCUGAAGAAUCCGGCACUGGAGCAGCAGCGCAUCGAGCUGCUGCAGCGAGAGGGCGAGCUGCUUAAGCAGCGCAUGGCGCUCCAGGACAAUCUGCUCGAGCAGCUCUCCAAGGCCGAGGGCGACAUUCUGCGCAACGAGCCGCUCCUGGCCAGCCUCAACGAGGUGAAGCGCAGCAGCGCCGAAAUCGAUGCGGCGCUGGAGCAGAGCGGACAGGUCAAGCAAACACUGCUCUCACAAUUCGGUGCGCUGCGUGAGCUCUGCGAGCAGGCGGCCAACUUCUACGCUGGCCUGACGCAGGGCUACGAGCUGUCGGCCCUAGUCUACAUCGAGCUCUUCCUGGGGGCGCUGCGUGCUCAGGAUGCUCAGCAGCUGCACCAGCAGCAGCUGUUCGAGCGCCUCGUCCGCAGCGUCUAUCUGCAUCUGGCGCGUGCAACACCUCGCGAAAGUCAAUUGACGCUGGCCCUGUGGGUUUGCCGGCAAGCCUUCGGCUCCGCCAUCGGCGCCAAGGAGUGGGAGCUGUUUGUCAGCAGCUUCAUGGGCAGCGCCGAUGGCAGCUGUCAGCUAAGCGGCGGCCUGCCCGACUGCAUAAGCCGCGACUCACAAUUGAAGCUGGCGCUGCUGCUGCAACAGCUGCCGGACCUCAAGGCGCAACUGCAGCUGGACAAGGAUUACGUGUGGCGCGGCUUUAUCGAACAGCAAACGGACGAUAUACUGCCCAAUAUCAAGUCCCACUUUCAACGCGUGCUAGUGGCGCAAAUCUUUCGACCCGACUUACUGCUCACGCAACUACGUUUGGCCAGCAGCCAAUUGUUGGGCCUAUCCCCAGAGGCGGCCACACAGCCAACCGUGCAGCAGCUGCUGGAGCAGAGCAGCUGCGAUCGUCCCAUAUUGAUGAUCAGUCAACCCGAACUAGAUCCAGCCACAGAGCUGCGUGGCGUAGCUCUGAAGAAGUGGGGACCACAGAAGUACGUGGAGUUGGCCAUAGGACGGGGCAGCGAGCUGCGCGCCUUGGCGGCCAUGCGGCAGGCAGCGGGCCAGGGUCAGUGGCUGUGCGUCAAGAAUGUGCAUCUGGUGCCCGAGUGGCUGGGCCAGAUGGAGCGUGAGCUGAGCGAGCUGCACAAGUCUGAGGAGUUUCGCUUAUGGCUGCUCUGCGAGUCCACCAACGGCUUCAGCGAGGCGGCUGUCUACAAGUGUCUCAAGGUGCGAUACGAGCAGCCGCGCGGCCUCAAGCAGCAGGUGCAGCGAAUGCUGCAGAACUACACCGGCCUCCAGCCGGAGUCGGCUAGCAAGCAGCCUGCGAAGUGCUUGAAGAUGCGCUUGGUGCUCUUCCUGCUGCAGGCCGUGCUCCAGCAGCGUCGUCAGUAUAUACCCCAGGGCUGGUCGAAGUACUACGAGUUCGGCGAGGCAGACCUCAAGGCAGCCCUCGGCGUGCUGGGCUGGCUGGACGCGCAGCUGAACAGCGGACGCUGCGAUUGGACGCUGAUGCAGCGUCUCUGCGAGGCGGUGGCCUAUGGCGGGCGAAUGAACAACGAACGGGAUGUGGACAUACUAAGGAGCUAUCUAUCCCAGUUCUGCUGUGCGGAUGUCCUCAGCAAUCGCUGGCAGCCACUGGGCCUGCCUGGCUCCAUGCCCACCAGCGCCCAGCUGCAGGAUUACUAUGCGGCCGUCGAUCGAUUGCCGGAUGUGGAUGAGCCGCGCAUGUACGGACUCGCCAGUCAGGCGCAGCAGCAGCGCGAAAUGGAGCAGGCGCGUCUAAUCAUCAAGGAGCUGCGCGCGUUGCAGUUUGGCGGAUCUGCGGCUGGCAGCGAACUGGCCACGCCCAACUCCAGGCAGCGACUGGAACAGCAAAUCAAGCCUUUGCUCAGCUUGUGGAGGAAAUUGGCCAAUGGCUGCACCAUAGCCCAGACGGCAAAGGAAGCAGCACUCACCAGUGCUACAGCCACGCCCAUGCCCACGCCCUGGACGCUGUUUGUGCUCGCCGAGCUGCAGCUGGGCGCUCAGCUUUAUAGAGCCGUGCAUCAGCUGCUGUCGCAGCUGCACAAUUGGCUGAAGGAGACGACGGGCAGAGCGGAGCAGCCAGCGGAUGUGGAUGCCAGCACAAUGCUAGCGCUGGCCGAGCAGCAGGUGCCCCACAGCUGGCAGAAGCUGUGGCCCGGUCCGAGCAGCAGCAGCGCCGUUGACUACCUGCGCGGUCUGAUGGUGCGUGCGGAGGCAGCUGAGCAGCGCUUUAAGGAGUCGCUGCAGCUGGAAUUCGGCCAGGAGCUGAAUCUGAAGCAGGUCUUCAACUGCGAGAAUCUGUUGGCCUGCUUGAAGUUGCAGCAGGCGCGCAAAUGCUGUGUAUCCACGCAGCGACUCCAAUUGCAGUGUGCGAAGGCCAGCGAUAGGGCAGGAGGAGCUGGGGAUCUGCUUUUGCUUAAGCUGGCGCCGCUUAAGCUUGAUGGUAAUACGCAGCUACUCAACAGCAGCGAGUCGAAUCCAUUUUACAUCACAUACAAAAUCACAGACAACAACGAAGCGAACGUGACUGAGGAUAAGUUCAAGAAAAUCGAUCGCUUUGCCAGCAACAGGCAGCACACCGACGAGCGCAUUACCCUGCCGCUGUACAGCAGAGCCAGCCGGGACAAGCUGAUCUGCCAUUUGGAACUGGAUGCCGCUGGCGCCACGGCGGAACAAGUUCUUCUCGCCGGCACAGCCCUCAUCGUCGAAGACUAUUGAAGACAGUCCCAGAAAAAAAAUCAGGUUUAAUCUAUUUCAAAUCUCCCAUCUAUUGAAACUCAUCCCAGAAAACGGAAUCCAACAUAUAAAUAAAUAUGCAAGCUCCGCAAUACAAAUAGAGUGGAAAGACAACGGCCAUAAGCGUCAUUUUGAUUGUAAACAAAAUUUGUUAGCAACUCCAAAAUUUUGAAUUUAUA